AUGCGAACUCCAUUACGAGCGGCGAUAGCCAUUGCGCUAAUUGUAACCGUAUUUCUAGUGAAAUUUCACCUUGAUUCUAUCUUGCAAUGGAGUGAUCGAAAUACUCCCAAUAUCUAUGCCCUAGAUGGCGAUACAUAUAUCGAGCUGGUCUCUGCCCAUACUACGACAUCCGCUUCACGUACCCAGCCCCGGAGGAAAUGGACCCCCACAGCCCGACCAACUCGUCAUGUGGUAGCCAACAAUCUUGAACCUAAGCGCAUCCCCGUCGAUGUUCCCGGUGCUGAGUGGGCGGGUGAGCUAUGGUUCAGAUCUGAAUUGCCGCCCAGCUUCUAUGAUUCAGAAAGCUUACUCCAAAAUCCUGAAAUACUCGCUCCGGUAGAGCAUGAUGAUGCGGUGGAACCAUCGUCUACAGCUCCUGCUCGUCCGAAGGUCACUCCGAAAUCGGAUCGCGUAAUUGUGUUGGGGAAGAUGUCGUACGAAAACACCGAUUGGCUUGAGGAUCAGCUGCCAGAAUGGCAACACGCAGUCUAUCUCGUCGAUGAUCCCGAAGCAGAGCUGCCAGUCGAACAAAACAAAGGCAAAGAAAGCAGUGCCUACCUGCAAUACAUUCUGGACAAUUAUGACAAAUUGCCCGAGUACAUGGUCUUUCUCCACGCUCAUCAAUAUAGCGGCCAUGUUGAAUUCUGGGAGCAGGACAAUGUAUUGACCGUUCGACGACUGCAACUCGACUACCUCAGACAAGUUGGUUAUCUCAAUUUGCGCUGCGAUUGGAGUCCUGGGUGUCCUGAUGAAGUCCAGCCAUUCCGGCAAACUGCUGGUCGCACUACCGAACUUGCAUUUGCGGGUGCUUGGAUCCGUAUCUUUAACAACACAAACGUGCCUGAGAUUGUUGCUACGCCUUGCUGUGCUCAGUUUGCUGUAACCAAGGAGCAGGUCCUCCAACGCCCACGGAGCGCUUAUGAGUCGUAUCAUCAUUGGCUUAUGACCACCGAGUUGGACGAUGAGACGAGUGGUCGUGUCUUUGAAUACAUAUGGCAUAUCAUCUUCGGGCAGGAUCCCGUAUUUUGUCCUGCAAAGGCGCAGUGCUACAAGGAUGUAUAUGACAUGGAUUAUAAAGAGCCAGAUGAGGAUUUUUUCGGUGAUGACUUCUGGGGCGAUUGGAAUGAUGAAACACCUGCACACGAAACGCCUGUACAUGCACCACCUGCACAUGAAACGUCUUUACAUGCAGCACCAUGA